CCAUCAUCUGACACACUGUUGACUCCUCCGGGGCAGGUGACUUGGCUGUGCUGAGGCCAAGAACUAAACCAGGCUAACUUAUUUGUUCAGCCUUGUCGUUCCCCUCAGCCUUAUGAUUCAGAUUCAUCCCAGAAUCCGACGAACUUCAAGGUAGUCAUCGGCAAUCUGUCAUCUAAAUCAGUCAGGUGCAAGCACAGACUUUGAUCCCAUCUUGGGCUUGUAGGGUGAUCUUUGCAAAAGUUCCUGCUACACAUGUACACCCGAAAGACCUUUAUUUUAGCAGUCACUGUGAUAUUAUACAAUUCUGAAUAUAUACUCAGCUCGAUGGCCAUCGCACAAGAUUCGUAUAGACAUAAAGGAGAGAAGAUCGUGGGUCGCUCUAUCGGGGAUAUGAUGUUGUACAUGAAUCAGAAACCGUGUUGUACCAGAAACACGAACCCGCCCUUUUUCAGCGCCAUGCAGAAAUGGAAAAACAAUAAAGAUGUAAAAAACAUCAAAGUCAAGAAGAGGUAUGUGUCUAUGGCUCAAGUCCAAUGCAAAAUCGCCGAGACAAAGUACAAAUAUCGCCGGACAGUUAAUGUAGAGUAGAGAUCGUAUCUGUCAGUGAGAAUUCGCAAUCAGACGAGGUAUGCUUCGGGGCAGGCCUUGA